CAGCCCUCGAUCCGGACGGUCGACGCGUCGACCCAUUCCGUGCUAGUUAGCGCGCAAACCAUACGCGUUCCAAACUCGAAAGUAUCGGAUUUCUUCCAUAAAUAUUUUCACUGGUCUUAUGUGAAAAUAGUUUUGGGUUAUAAAAGUGUCAUCAAAAUAAUCACAAACUGCAGUGAUAAAAUUGGAAAAGUUUCGAGUAAUGUAGCGUUAUUGGAGUUUCUUUUAAUGAAAUUAAAUAAAUGAAAAUGGGAGGUGUUCAGCAAAACUAUCUAAACCGAUAGCGGGUGACACCAUCAUUUGAUUCUACAGCUGGAAUAUGUGCGCUAUGAUGUUACUCAUAGCUUCUGCUAAACCUGGGAACAUUUUUGCUAUUCAGAAUAACACAGAACAGUCAUAUCUUGAAAAUGUUGUCAACGCGACGCAAGCGAAAAAAAAUAUGAGUAUCGACGAAGAAGAAUUCAUUUUUGAUAGAAGUGACGUCAGAGCGAUUUUCAUCACCCUGUACACGAUUGUUUUCUGCUGUUGUUUUUUUGGCAAUCUUCUGGUUAUACUUGUGGUAACUCUCUCAAGGCGACUCCGGUCAAUAACCAACUUCUUUUUGGCGAACCUGGCGGUGGCUGAUUUAUGCGUCGGAGUGUUCUGCGUCUUCCAGAAUUUGACGAUAUAUCUUAUUCCGAGUUGGGUGUUCGGCGACUUUUUAUGCAAGAUGUAUCAAUUCGUUCACUCGCUGAGCUACACCGCCUCCAUCUUCAUUUUGGUGGUGAUCUGCACGGAGCGGUACUUCGCAAUAAUUCACCCUAUCACGUGCAAACAAAUUCUCACUUCCACCAGGUUAAGGUUGGUGAUUUUGGGUGUUUGGAUAACCAGCGCCUUAUACAGUGCUCCUAAGUUCAUUUGGGUAGAGACGAUCCCAAACAACCUAGGCGAUGGGAAAAUGGAGACCAUUUGUAUAAUAAGCCGGCGGAAAUACAACUCAGAAUUGUUCGACAUGAUCAACUUCGGGCUUCUUUACGUGACGCCGCUUUGUGUGAUGACGGUGUUGUAUACGAGAAUUGCCAUCGGCUUGUGGCAGAGCUCUAAAGGUUUACACCAGCUGGGAAGAGUGCAGUGUUGUGCCACGCAGUGUCCUCGGGUGGAAAAGGCAACGCCCAACAGCUUCGAACCUCAGCGAACGUUUAUUGGUACAACUGAAGCUAAGAAAAACUUGGCAGCGAAUAUGAAGGCAUCUAACCCGAAGAAGUGUCGGAACCACGAGUCGCGCGACUGUCACCACCUCAGCCAUCUGUCCCGCAAUGUGCUGCGCGCGCGCCGUGGCGUGGUGCGCAUGCUUAUUGUGGUCGUUCUAACCUUUGCCAUCUGCAACCUACCCUUCCAUGCCCGCAAAAUGUGGCAGUACUGGUCCACUGGCUACCAAGGCACGAGCGACUUCAGUACUUUACUUACGCCGUUAACUUUCCUCAUCACCUACUUCAAUUCUGGUAUAAAUCCGCUGCUCUACGCUUUCUUAUCAAAAAACUUCAGGAAAGGUAUGAAAGAGCUCUUGUUUUGUAAAUACCAUGGGAAGAGAAAAAGUGAGAAUUUAAUACUUUUAAACCCGGUCGGCGGCGGAGGCCUGCGGAGGAGCUCGACGCGCUCCACCCGCGCCAACUGCAGCACGGUCACCAUGGCGCCCAACGGGGACUCAUGAGACAUGCGCCGGCGACGCUUCCUCUACAAAGUGGAGAACCUUGAUAUUUCCUGAUUAACGGAGAGCACAGACGAGGUAACCGACAGCAGCGGGUUUUACACCGUCUCCACUAUAUCUAAACGUGAUUUAUAUGAUUAAAAUGGACCAUAGAUAUUUAAUGCAACGUUAACAAUGUUUAAGAUCUCAGGAGCUUAGAAUAUUAAUGCAUACCUAUAAUGUUGUGAUUGAAAUAUUGAGAGAAAUAUAAGUUUUAAGUUUUGAAAAGUUUAGUCCGCAUCCAAAAACGCUCGGUGUGAGACUAUGAACAUAUUUUUUAUAACUGGUUUGAGAUGAUCACCAAAAUGUAUAUCUUUCAUUUAUAUAGUCAAAACAAAAACAAUUAGCAGGCCAAAAUAACAAUGGAAUUAUAAUUACUGUUGCAUAAACUUAUUUAGAUGUAAGAUAGAAAAAACAAUAAGCGCCUAACAUUCGUGAGAGUUAAUUUAUGGUAUUGAUAGAUAUAAUGUUAACAAAAUUAUAAGCAAGUACCUACUUUAAUUAUCUUGCCAAUGUGAAAUAUGUGACGGAAUUUAUUAUUAUCAAGUAGGUAUUAAAUUUUUUUUUAACACAAACAUUGGGAAAAAGUAUGCAGAUUCAUAAACAAUAAGAAAAAGAUCCAGUGCUUAUAUAAUCACUGUAGUUCCGAGAAAUUUACUUGAAAUUGGAGAAUCACUAAUUGUAUUGUGAGGGUUGAUGCUCAUUAACUUAGUUGAAGAAGUACAGGGUCGAUUUAAAUGCAUUAGCAUCACCUUGAAAUAAAGCAUGUACAAUUGUACACUCGACUUAUUCGAGAAAAUAAAUAAUAAAAUUUUCUAAAAAAAUUUCCUUAGUGAUAAUGUUAUGAAAAUUAAAUUUAUCUUUGUCCUCUGCCCACUCUGGAGGGGAGCCCGGGGUCUGCCUGUGACCGCAAUCCUAGAUAGAAUUUUUAUUAUACGAAGCAAAUAAUACGUAGAAUACGUAAGUCAGCAAAAACAAUAUUCAUGUCUUGAUUAAAUACCUGGGAUUACAAAAUGAGACGAGAUCUUCGUAUAUAUGGGCGCUUUCAAGGUCGACGCGGCCCUACUUUGAGUAGACCUAGAAUCAUGUUUAGGAUUUUGUUUUAUCAUGUCUAGUAGAUACUGUGUUCGUAACAUAUUUAAGAUUUUAAUGCUAUUAAGUACAUGAAAAUAAUCCUUACGAUAAUUUUGACGAAUAGACAGACAACAAACCAACGUCAAACGGAUAAGGAAGGAACCUUUGAAAACCCUUCAAGUUAACUUAAUACUUAGAAAGGAUUUGAAAUACCAUUCCCGUUUGUUGACCUAUGUACUAUUUUUAGCACCAGAAAAAAGGAUACUUGAAUCUCUAGUAUCCACAUCGUUAUUGUUUCUAAGUAAGCAAAACUGUUGGAACGUUUUUCCUACUUCCCAACUACACAAAUCCGAUUUCAGUCGGUAUAAAUGCGAAUGAUUUGUUUGUUUUGUUGUAUCUUUAAGCUUUAUUAACUUAAAGCUAUCUUCAAUUUUCGUACACACAUAACUUCGAAUAAAAUUCUAAAAAGGUCUUUGGUUGGGACAUUUGAAUAAAUUCAUUCCUGAAAUAUAUUGUUCUCGUAGGAAUUCGAAAAGCUAAACCUAGUGAGAUCUAUAUGUGUUAGAUUGAAUCCACCUUUAUGUUGUUUAAGCAGCCCUUCAUGGUUACCUACAAACAAAACCCUCACUUCGUUAGCCUUCUCAGCUGGCUCGUUUAUGUAGGCCAAUUUUUUUUUGCAAAAUUUAACACUGAUAUAAAAACAGAGGAUUCAUAUUCGCUAAUAUCAUUCAAAAAGGUCUGAUGUAUAUCUCUCUAAUCACGUGUUUUACCAAUUCAAUUAAAAGAUUCUAUAUAAAAUUUACGAAUAAUUAUAUAUAAUAUAACCUACUCCGAUAAUAAUACCGAUGUAUUAAUAAAUAGAAAUAUAAUUAUUUUAGAUAUCCACAUAAGAAUUAUUAUACUUAAACCGAAAAUGUACAAUAUUAUUUUAUAUACAUUGAAUUUAAUAAAAUCAAGAGUACCCGAAACCAACGUGCUUGCAUGAAGAGACUUAAUGAAUGUGGAUGAAGCGAAAGAAGUAUGAAGGGAUCGUGGCAAGUGAAAAGAUGUAAUCUCUGCCUGCCCUUAAGUGAAAGACAUGUGAUUUUAUGUAAGUACAAUACUUAUUUAUAGUUAUCAGUGCAUUUAUAGAGUACAGUAAAAACUAAAAAAUAAUAAACAAUACUUUUUAUUUCAUUACUUGAUAGGUUUCCAUUAGAACAAGUUAUACGAUAUACUUUAUAAAAAGAUAAAAUAAAAAUAAAUUAUACCUUUAUUCAAGCCGAAGAAACAUUAAGAUAAAAUUUCUUUAGCGCCAACUUAAACUAUCUAAUUAUGAUUAAGUAAUUUCCAGAAGUCGACUGUGCGUUUAUAAAUAUUUAAGUAAGGUAAUAAUAAAUUACGAUUCAUUAAUUUGGCAAUUGUUUAUGGUUAGUAUCUUACAGUUCAAAAUAAUAUAUCAAUAGGUAAAAAAUAGUAAGAUGAAGAGAUGUCAAUGUAUAUACGUAAAACUUUUAUAAAAUAAGGAUAAGAGUUCUACGCAUAAGGAUUUCAUGAUAAAAAUACACAUGCGUUUUUCACAACUUUUAUAUGUAUAUAAAUCAAAUUAAAAAUCUAGCUAGGGCAUUUAAAAUUUAAAAGGUGUGAAUAAAAUAAUCCCAUUGUAACGAUGCGCGAAAUUACUGGUAAAGUUUUAUUUUUCCUUGAGACAAUUUUGUCAUUCUCAACAUACGUACGUUUAAUUACCUUUGUACGGUCAACCUCGGAGAAAUCUGACCGCUUUGUUUAUGGUUUGUAUGAACGAACGGAGUUCAUGUUUCUCUGGCAUUGACUGUACAUUCUGUGAUUUGUUGUUUUACCAAUUUACAUAUUUUUUUAAUAUGUAGAACACCACUUGUACCUCUCUAAAAAGGGUUCUGUAAACUGAGAAGAAAACAAAUUAAUUAAAUUUUCCAAUUAUAUCCUGUAAAUAACGUUCCCUCCAAAACUCGCGUCUAUUUGAAUUAUGUAGAAGGUUGUGUCGUGCGUAGCAACAAAACCGUACAAAAUUUGUUCUGUUUUGAGGUUUUGACGGACUUCAGAGGUUUCAUAGUCUAUUGUUUUAUAUUAAUUUAUUAAAACAUUUAGAACAUGGUGUAAUAUUUUAUGUACAUAUCGUAUUUACUUAAACUCAUCAUUAUAUAAUGUUAAAAUGGUAAUGUUGGUGUAUAAUACUUAUAUUUAAGUAAUUUAUUAUACACGGUAAGAAAAUUCGUAAAAAAAAUUUCCUUAAAUAUUUAAGGUUUAUUAAUUUUGUAGGUACUGUGUAUGCAUUAAGUUGACAUUUUGUAGCUUUAAAACUCAAUAAAGUUUGAAAUAAAAAAUGAUUGAUGUGAGAAAGAUGAGUACAUAAUUAAAGUAUUGGGUAAGUAAGACUAAAGAUAAAGUGACAAAACUUUUAUAUUAGUCUAUACAUGUAUAGCUUUGAGUUAGUUACUAAUAAUGGCCCUUAUAUCAUAAACACGUGGGUAUUUAUUAGGUACUUUAUACAUUAUGUACAAAAUUCAUCACCUUAAUGUAGAAAAUAUGCAAAAAAUGAAAAGGACACAUAUGGUCACUAUUCGUUACUACGCAUACCUACGUAUUACUGAGGGUUCCAAAAAAACUUAACAAAUGUUAUGAUAUCAAACCAAACAUAACAUUAAAAUUACACAUCAAUUAUAUAUUUUUUUAAUUUCCUUUUUAUUUCGGGUAGGAAAUAUGUAGGUUUUAAU